AGUGUAGCCCCAUCAGUGCCACCUGUCAAUGUCCAUCAAUGCCACAUGUCAGUGCCCAUCAAUGCCACCUGCCAGUGCCUAUCAGUGCCACAUAUCAAUGCCUACUAUCAGUGCUGCCUACCAGUGCCAGUUAGUGCUGCCUAACAGUGCCAGUCAGUGCCACCUAUCAGUGCCGCCUAACAGUGCCAAUCAGUGCCACCUAACAGUGCCACCUUACAGUGCCGCCUAUCAGUGCCAUAUAUAAGUGCUGCCUUUCAGUGCCCAUCAGUGAUG